CGCGGUGCUGGGAGCAUUGCUGUGGCUAGGAUCCCUGCAAAGAGUGGCUGCCCGCGCUGCCUGGGCUCCGUUGAGCCUCGCACUGCCUCCGAGCAAUGCCGGGAGGGAUGGGAAGCCCUUUGGUCGCACCGUGAGUUGGGACUGCGCUUAGACUUGUGGGCAUUUACCUGCCAGGAGCCUCACAGGGGGACGCACAGGGAUACCGCUGAUAGCAUCACACGCGAGUGCUUCCAGAGGCAUGUACACCCAUAGCCAGAGUUAGCGCACUGUGUGUAAACAAGUUUGUACUCUCAUGUGGGCAGUGUGUUUGUGCAGACACAGUUCUCAGGAGCUCCCGUGCCCUGGCAUGGGAUGGGGACUGCAACUCCAGUGCACAUGGAGCAAACAGAAGAUGAUGGAAGGCAAGCUGAAGUGCACAGUGUCACAGAGAGCCACCUACAAGCUGCAGAGCCUCUCUCACACACGUACACAGCUACACACUCGCCAAAACAAACAUCACUGCACUUCUCUGCAUGUGGGGUCCGGGCUGUGACUUGGAGGCAGUUGCAGUGUUCGACAUCCCAGACAGCAGAUGUGCACAGGAGUGGCACAUUUAGCCAGGGCAUUCAUGAAGAUGUGCAAAUCCGGGUUGUUGCACGUGGUAAGUUAGGGGGCUAACUUGAGAUGUGGCCCUAUGCCAUACACAGCUGUGCAAGCAGAGUCUCCCUGUGUAUCCUACAACAGAAAUCCAUUCCUGAGCCUUGGUCUUGCUCUAGGUGACAGACUUGAGUGUAACAACUGUAAGUUGUUUGGAGUUUUUAUUUUCCGUUAGAAAAUGUCAGGUUUUGGGGCAAACACUUGAAAGUUGCCAACUUUCAGUUCACACCAGUUGACUGCAAUUCUCUUAUUCUGUUGUGGGAAUGACCGCUGGCUGUGUGUCUUCUCAAACACUGCUGCUGCAGCUGUGUCGACAGGCAACCUGGAGAGGGGGCAGGGAAGGCAGGGGAGAGGGGAAACAGCCCCAAACCUGACUUCCCCUUCACUCAGAUCCUUCUGAUGACCAGGCUGGACGGUGUCCCCAGGGGCGGCGCACUGGGGAUGCAUGCAGCUGUCCCAUUUUAUGGAGGUGCGGGCCAGGGCCAGCCCAGCUCCCCUUUUUCCUGCUGGCGAUGCUGCUGGUCCCUUCGUGGAGAGACCCUGGGCAGCCCCGCAGAACCUGAGUGCCGAGGCGGCAGUGGCGACGGCCUCCCUGUGCUCCCCGGCUGACUACUAUGGCCGUGUACUGCUAUGCGCUCAAUAGCUUGGUGAUGAUGAAUAGCAACAGCGAGGUGACAAGCGGCAGGAGCAAGACGCCGCCUCCUCCCGGACAAGUGCUGCCCAGGGGUCCGGAGACGCCCGGCAGCUGCCGCUCGCUCCCUGUUUUCAGCGCGGCCCCGGUGCCGCCCCGCUCCCCGCGCUGUGGCCCCGCUUUCCUCUUCCCACCACCUGAGGAGCCCCUGCGGCAGCCAGCCAGCCCCGGGGGGCGGCGGGGCAGCCGAGGCGAAGAGGGACAGCCAGGACCCCCCAUGGCACGGCAGCUUCAAAGGGAGCUGCACAACGUGCAGGUGAACCAGAAAGUGGGGCUCUUCGAGGCACACAUCCAGGCACACAGCUCUGCUGCCCAGCCACCCCGGAGCCCCCGGCUAGCCCGGCCCCGUCCGGCCAGCCCCACGGCACCUGUGGCGGGACUUGGAACUGGACCCCGGCCACGAGCCUACGGGGAGAGCGAGGCCCCCGAUGCUGUUGGGGUGCAGGUUUGUGUGAGCACUGCAGAGCCCUCCAGGAGGCCAGUGAUGAUGGUGGAGCUGGCAGAGAGCAGCAGUCCUCUGGAGCAGUCAGGGCUUGCACCACGGCAAGAGGAGGUGGUGGUGGCCCCCACAGGACUUAAGGGCCAGCACCCAGCCAUCAGUGGGAGCAUCCCUGCCGUCAUUGUCACAGACCUGGGGGGCCCGGAGGAGGAGGUGGGCACCCUGCCCCCUGGCAGCCUGCCUGUCCGGAAGCUCUCAUCAUCCUCAGCGUCUUCCACUGGCUUCUCCUCGUCCUGGGAGGAGUCUGAGGAGGACAUCUCCAGUGACCCCGAGCGCACCCUGGACCAGACCCCGGCCUUCCUGCAGACCCUGGACCAGCAGAAGCCCCGAGUGAGCAAGUCAUGGAGGAAGAUCAAGAAUAUGGUGCACUGGUCCCCGUUUGUGAUGUCUUUCAAGAAGAAGUACCCUUGGAUCCAGCUAGCGGGACACGCAGGUAGUUUCAAGGCAGCAGCCAAUGGCAGGAUACUGAAGAAGCACUGUGAAUCGGAGCAGCGGUGCCUCGACCGCCUCAUGAACGAUGUCCUGAAGCCCUAUGUCCCUGCCUACCACGGAGAUGUAGUCAAGGAUGGGGAGCGAUACAACCAGAUGGAAGAUCUGCUGGCUGAGUUUGACUCCCCCUGUGUUAUGGACUGCAAAAUGGGGGUCAGAACGUACUUGGAGGAGGAGCUGAUAAAGGCCCGGAAGAAGCCGAGCCUGAGGAAGGACAUGUACCAGAAGAUGAUUGAGGUGGACCCCGAUGCCCCCACUGAGGAGGAGAACGUGCUGCGGGCAGUGACCAAGCCCCGCUACAUGCAGUGGAGGGAGACCAUCAGCUCCACCGCCACACUGGGCUUCAGGAUCGAGGGGAUAAAGAAAGAGGACGGCACUGUGAACCGGGACUUCAAGAAGACACGGACAAAGGAACAGGUCAUGGAGGCCUUCAGCGAGUUCACCAGAGGAAACAGGAACGUUUUGAACAGUUACCUUAACCGGUUGAAGGGUAUCCGCGCUACCCUGGAGACAUCCCCAUUCUUCAAGUGCCAUGAGGUAAUUGGGAGCUCUCUCCUCUUCAUUCACGACAAGCAGGAGCAAGCCAAAGUCUGGAUGAUUGACUUUGGGAAAACUACCCCACUGCCAGAGGGACAAGUUCUCCAGCACAACGUGCCCUGGGUGGAAGGGAACAGAGAGGAUGGCUACCUCUGGGGGCUGGACAACCUCAUUCAGAUCCUGACAGAGUUGUCUCAGAGCGAAGACUUGCAUUAAAGCCGCGCAUCCGAUUCUGCCACUACCCCCAACCUGUCCCCGACUGACUCUUCUGAACUGCACUACAAGACACUUUCCAGCCCUCGCCCUCCCCAUUUGAAAGCUAUACUCUCCCUAUUUAAUGUGUUUUUGUUGUGAGGGUUUUUUAGGUUGUCUUGGUUGUUCCCCCCCACCUCCCCUUGUAAAUAGAGAGCUAACCUGCCAGAACAAAGCUGAACUUGAAACCUUGGCUUUGCAGAGUCAGUGGGAGCUGGCAGCCCGGAGGGGUUGCUUAGGCAUGUGCAUGCUUCGCCUGUCGUGCUUUUGUCUCUCGCUCAGCCUGAUGUUAAGAGGGCUGGUGGAGGAAGGAGCCUCUUCCUGCAUCAGGGUUGUGAUGAAAACACUCAGUGACUGUGCCCUGGACCCUCUGGCAGUCAGAGAGUGUGAGCGAGGUGUGGAGAUGGUGAAGGACACUGCAGUGGGAGCCCCUUACUGUCUCUGCCAGCGCCUUUCAGCCCAGACAGCUGGCUGUGCCAAGUCCUUCAGAGCUGCUAGAAAGGCAGAUUUGGGGUUUAAUUUGUGUUCAAGACAUCUUGUAGAGGUUGCUCAGUAAUUUUUGAGUGGCACUGGGGGGCAAGAGUUUCCCUCCUGCUGCAGAGCCAUGUAGUCAGGCACAGGUAUUUGCCAUGGCCAAGUGCUUCCCACCCAUGUCCCCCAUGCUUGGGUGCCCUGGUGAGCAAAACUUUGGGCUCCUCUCUAGAGCCCCAGCUCCUCUGCUAUGAACUGCUUCCAGUCUACCUUAGCUGGGGUCUCCAGUCCUCCCUAGCUGGGAAAAAAUAGCUUAUAAAGGACUACUGUGAAGCCUGAA